AUGGUCAAGUUCAUGCGGACCGUUGGCCAAGCAGUGCGAAAGAACAAAAUUGUUGAGCUCGGUACCGUAUGUUACCAAUACUGGUCAGUACAGCAAAACACUAUUAGCGUGUUAUGGACUUCGUCAGAGCAGCUAUACUGCCGAAAGAAAAACUAG